AUGUAUAUACUGUCUUUCUUGCUCCUAGCUUCAAAUAUCGAUAAUACUGUAUUGAAUGAAGACCUCUCAGGAGCUCGGAGACUGGAGAAUCUAUGGAGGAACCAAAGAGAAGAGGAGCUUGGAGAAUAUUACAUGAGGAAAUAUGCCAAGCCAACUGGUGAACACAUGUUUGGCUUGUCAGAUGAACUUUCAGAUGACAUCACCCAGCAGCAGUUACUGCCCGGAGUCAAGGAUCCAAACUUGUGGACAGUCAAAUGUCGUAUUGGAGAGGAGCGGGCUACUGCUAUUUCUCUGAUGAGAAAAUUUAUUGCUUACCAGCAUACAGACACACCUCUAAUGAUAAAGGCUGUUGUUGCUCCUGAGCAUGUAAAGGGUUAUGUUUAUAUUGAAGCUUACAAGCAAACUCACUUGAAGCAGGCUAUCGAGGGUGUGGGAAAUCUAAGAAUGGGGUUCUGGAACCAGCAGAUGGUCCCCAUCAAGGAAAUGACAGAUGUUUUAAAAGUAGUGAAAGAAGUCUCAAAUCUUAAGGCCAAGUCAUGGGUUCGUCUGAAAAGAGGCCUCUACAAAGACGACAUUGCUCAGGUGGAUUAUGUAGAACCAAGCCAGAACACCAUUUCACUGAAGAUGAUUCCUCGUAUCGAUUAUGAUAGAAUUAAAGCUCGUAUGAGCUUGAAAGACUGGUUUGCCAAGAGAAAAAAGUUUAAAAGGCCCCCUCAGAGACUGUUUGAUGCCGAAAAAAUUAGGUCUAUUGGUGGAGAAGUUACCACUGAUGGUGAUUUCCUUAUUUUUGAAGGGAAUCGUUACAGCAGAAAAGGAUUCCUGUUCAAGAGCUUUGCUAUGUCUGCUGUUAUUACUGAAGGAGUCAAACCUACUUUGUCAGAGCUGGAGAAGUUUGAGGAUCAGCCUGAAGGGAUAGAUCUGGAGCUUGUAACUGAAGGCACUGGAAAAGAGCGGGAGCAUAACUUGCAGCCAGGUGACAAUGUGGAAGUCUGUGAAGGUGAAUUGAUAAAUCUCCAGGGUAAAAUCCUCAGUGUCGAUGGAAAUAAAAUCACCAUAAUGCCAAAGCAUGAAGAUCUCAAGGAUAUACUCGAGUUUCCAGCUCAGGAGUUGAGAAAAUAUUUCAGAAUGGGUGACCAUGUUAAAGUUAUUGCAGGGCGAUAUGAAGGUGACACAGGUCUCAUUGUUCGAGUGGAGGAGAAUUUUGUAAUUCUGUUUUCAGAUCUUACCAUGCAUGAGCUGAAAGUGCUUCCAAGGGACUUACAGUUGUGCUCAGAGACUGCAUCUGGUGUAGAUGUAGGCGGACAGCACGAAUGGGGAGAGCUCGUUCAGCUGGAUCCCGAGACAACGGGGGUUAUUGUUCGGCUUGAAAGAGAAACAUUUCAGGUGUUAAAUAUGUAUGGCAAGAUUGUAACUGUUCGACAUCAGGCAGUUAACCGGAAGAAAGAUAAUCGUUUUGCUGUGGCCUUGGAUUCAGAGCAGAAUAGCGUUCAUGUUAAAGACAUAGUCAAAGUGAUUGAUGGACCGCAUUCGGGUCGUGAAGGAGAAAUCAGGCAUUUGUUCAGAGGUUUUGCCUUCCUACAUUGUAAAAAGCUGGUUGAAAAUGGAGGAAUGUUUGUUUGUAAGACUCGGCAUCUGGUUCUUGCAGGUGGAUCAAAGCCUAGAGAUGUUACCAACUUCACUUUUGGAUUUACUCCCAUGAGUCCUCGAAUUAGCAGUCCUUCACACCCUAGUGGAGGAGGGCAAAGAGGUGGUUUUGGUGGUGGAAUGGGACGGGGUCGAGGCCGCAGAGACAGUGACCUUAUUGGACAGACCAUACGUAUUUCACAGGGACCUUAUAAAGGUUACAUUGGAGUGGUAAAAGAUGCCACAGAAUCAACGGCACGUGUUGAGCUCCAUUCUACUUGUCAGACCAUCUCAGUGGAUCGGCAACGUCUCACAACUAUUGGUGGAAAAAGGCCAGGAACAGGGUCUGCGUAUUCUCGCACACCUAUGUAUGGUUCCCAAACACCUAUGUAUGGUUCUGGCUCCAGAACACCCAUGUAUGGGUCACAGACACCAAUCCAUGAUGGAAGCCGAACUCCUCACUAUGGUUCUCAAACUCCAAUCCACGAUGGUAGUAGAACACCAGCACAGAGUGGUGCUUGGGACCCUAGCAAUCCAAACACUCCCUCCAGAGCUGAGGAAGAGUAUGAUUACGCUUAUGAUGAUGAGCCUUCACCUUCUCCACAUGGGUAUGGAGGAACGCCAAAUCCACAAACCCCAGGAUAUCCAGAUGCUCCAUCACCUCAGGUUAAUCCUCAGUACAACCCUCAGACUCCAGGAACCCCUGCAAUGUACAACACAGAUCAGUACUCGCCUUAUGCAGCACCAUCACCACAAGGCUCGUAUCAGCCCAGUCCAAGCCCACAAAAUUACACUCAAGUUGCUCCAAGUCCUGUUGGGUACCAGAAUACCAGUUCACCAGCCAGUUACCACCCCACACCAUCACCAAUGGCAUAUCAGGCCAGUCCAAGUCCUAGUCCUGUUGGUUAUAGUCCAAUGACACCUGGUGCUCCAUCUCCUGGUGCGUAUAAUCCACAUACUCCAGGAUCCGGAAUCGAUCAGACAUCAAGUGACUGGGUCACAACAGAUAUUUUAAUCACUGUUAGAGACACAUAUAGUGAUGGCCAAGUUGUGGGCCGGACUGGAGUUAUACGCAAUGUGACAGGUGGCAUAUGCUCAGUUUUCUUACAAGAAAGUGAAAAAGUUGUCAGUAUACCUAGUGAACAUCUUGAACCAGUUACACCAGUUAAAAAUAAUAAGGUGAAAGUAAUCCUUGGAGAAGACAGGGAAGCUACAGGUGUUCUUCUGAGUAUUGAUGGUGAGGAUGGAAUUGUUCGUAUGGAGUUGGAUGAGCAGUUGAAGAUUCUUAACCUGAGGUUCUUGGGAAAGCUUGAAACAUAGGACUGAGCAGAGUAGCUUUUAUUGAUGAAUUAUUUUCAUCAUCAUUUACAUUGUAAAUGCCUAUUUUAUUGUUGCUGCGUUAUGUUCUUUUUUUUCACAUCCAGAUUGCCACCAUCACAGAAAUUUUCCUCGACUUGAAGAUUGUGAAUGUUUUCUCACUGCAUCAUAAAAAGGAUUAAGCAUUAGUUGAAGUUUGUACAGAUUUUAUAACUUCAGAAAUGUAAAGUUCUGACUUUGGAAUUCUCCUUGUUGAGUUUGUUUGAAAUGUCCUUCUGUUUCCUGACUGUGACUGUUUUUCUCUAAAGCUUCUUUGCUCAUGGCCACAAGCAUCCUUUGCUGAUGCUUGCCAUGACAUUGGGUGCUGCACUAGGAGCCUCUGAGCCUUCUCUUGGCUCUUAUUUGCUCUUCUCAUAGUUCACAUCUUGAUCCUGAUGUGAGACAUGGACAAGUUCCUGUUUUUGAUGCCUAAAGCAGGCAAACCAUGAAAGUGUUACUAUCACAACCAUAUUAUAAGCCAGACACACACAUUGCUAUUGUCUACAUUGCUUAUUGAAGUCUCAGAAUUUCAACUCGGACAUCUGUAAAAGCAGCAAUGAGGUGUUCCUGGUGUACCUUACUAUUUGUAGGAUGGUGUCAGUUUAGAGUGCCCAGCAAAUGGCCAA